GGUGCUUUGACAUCUAUAAAACCAUCGUUUUCCAGUGAAUCUCUAAAUCAUCUCUCGUUUCUCUGUUCUCUGCCUAGCUUUCUCUGAAUUCUACUUGAUCAAGGCAAUCCACCAUUGGCGGCUCUCGAUCUCCAACACUCUCAAUCUCAAUCAUCUCUCGUUUAUCUGUUCUCUGCCCUAGCUUUCUCCGAAUCCUACGCAAUCCACCGUUGGCGGCUCUCGAUCUCCAACACUUUCAAUCUCGAUUUCUUGUUUGAUAUAUAUUUUCUUUUAUUUCAUUGUGUUUCUCUCUCUCUCUCUCUCUCUCUCUCUUAACGCUCUAAUCUGUUCUAUUUCAGACCCCUUGGGUCCUUGCUAGAUUAAUUCUUGCGCGAUUCUUUAGUAGUAGUGUUUUUUUGGUGUUAUUAACGUGAUGGAUGCAGGAUUAAGGAACUCUAUUUCUUCAAACAAGACUCAAUACCGUUUCCCUCUUCAGGAAGAGUAUCUUCAGAGAAAAAAUUCCGGUGAAAAUUGGGAUAGGUUUAUUCCAAAUAGAUCAGCAAUGGAUUUCGACUAUGCACAUUAUAUGGUGACGAAAGGUAAGGAAAAUCCAGACAACAGCUCACCAUCCAGAGAGGCAUAUAGAAAGCGGUUAGCGGAGGCUUUGAACAUGAACAGGACAAGGAUCCUUGCAUUUAAGAACAAACCACCCACCCCUGUUAAGGGCAUCGUGGAUGAGUUUUCUUCUGCUGCUUACCAGGCCAAACCAACGAAACCCAAGCGCCACAUUCCUCAGACCUCUGAGAGGACUUUGGAUGCUCCGGAUAUUGUGGAUGAUUAUUACUUAAAUCUAUUAGAUUGGGGCAGCAGCAAUGUUCUUUCUAUAGCUUUGGGUAGUACUGUUUACCUGUGGGAUGCAUCUGAUGGCAGCACUUCCGAACUGGUCACAAUUGAUGAUGAAAAUGGUCCUGUUACAAGUGUUAAAUGGGCUCCAGAUGGGAGGCAUGUUGCUAUUGGCUUGAACAACUCGGACGUGCAGCUUUGGGAUACCACAUCUAACCGAUUGUUGAGAACUUUGAGAGGUGGCCACCAAUCACGAGUCGGUGCCCUUGACUGGAACAACCAUAUACUGACUACAGGUGGAAUGGAUGGUCUGGUUAACAACAAUGAUGUCCGAGUGAGAGCACCAAUCGUAGAAACAUAUAGAGGGCAUCAUCAAGAAGUCUGUGGCCUAAAAUGGUCUGCCUCAGGCCAGCAGUUGGCUAGUGGAGGAAAUGAUAAUCUCCUCCACAUAUGGGACAGAUCAACAGCUACUUCCAACUCCUCGACGAAGUGGCUUCACAGGCUCGAGGAUCACACAGCUGCUGUUAAGGCCCUUGCUUGGUGUCCAUUUCAGGGUAACUUGCUGGCCUCUGGUGGAGGUGGAGGCGAUAGGUGCAUAAAGUUCUGGAAUUCCCAUACUGGUGCUUGUGUGAACUCAGUUGAUACAGGGUCACAGGUGUGUGCACUGCUUUGGAGCAAGAAUGAGCGUGAGUUGCUAAGCUCUCAUGGGUUUACUCAGAAUCAACUUACUCUCUGGAAAUACCCAUCUAUGGUUAAGAUGGCAGAGCUUACUGGACAUACAUCCCGCGUUCUUUUCAUGGCUCAGAGUCCAGAUGGUUGCACAGUGGCUUCUGCAGCAGGAGAUGAAACACUCAGAUUUUGGAAUGUUUUUGGAACCCCUGAAGUAGCAAAACAGGCUCCAAAGUCAAAUCCUGAGCCAUUUGCUCACAUCAACCGAAUUCGCUGAAUUUUAUAACCCUCUGCCUGCUGAUACAGAUGAUGAUGAUUCAUACAGCAUAUGUAUUUAGAAAAGCAAACUGUUCUCUCUGGUAACAACAAAUAUUUUUGAACAGGUCAUUUUUGCCCUGCACUUACCAAGGCUGUUAAAACCAUGAAGAAAGGAGAGAAAGUGCAGUUAACAGUGAAGCCUCAAUGGAAAGCCAGCCUCUGGUGAUGUAGGAGCUGUUCCCCCUAAUGCAACACUACUAAUUAAUUUGGAGUUAGUUUCAUGGAAGACUGUGACGAAUGACACCGAUGAUAAGAAAGUAAUAAAAAAGAUCGUGAAGGAAGGGGAAG